AUGCGAUUCCUGAGAUAUUCACUUGCGCUAGUGUGUCUGUCAACUGCAUCUUCCCUGGCACUCUCAGACCAAGCCAAUGAUGUUCUCGACAAAAUCUCUAGCAUUUCCGAGUCACUCCGCUCGAACGAAAAGGAUAUUGGUCGCUACAAAGGGGGCUUCGUGGCAUCUGCUCCCCUUGCCCGGGGGUUCUAUAAUACUUGGAGCACCAUGAGGACCGCUAAUUCUCAUGUCCCAACCGAUACGAAAUUCACAUGGGAGGAUGCGGAUACGAUAUUUCACAGUAUUGAUUCUGCCAACGAUCUCAGUGUUCAAUUAUUCCAAGCAUACAAGGAAAAGGCCCCUAAGUUGAACCAGGCCGGCGCUGGCUUCACGGUUCCGAUCUUCAUGCAGGCAUUGUACCGAGAGGCGGACGACUAUAUGGUCUCAUUGGAACACCUUAUGCCUCCUGAUUUCGCAGGACCGAUGCAUCAGAUUACCGCCAAGCACAAGGCAGCUUGGGAUGCGACAUUUGCCGCGUACGAGCCAGUCGGCAACCCGAAGACCCCUCAACAAUUCAAGACGUUUUCUUCGAUAGUGGCACCGAUUUUGGGUUUCUUGGUUUAA